CUGCUGCUUGUGGUGAGAGGCAUUCAGUCAAAACAAGGCCAUCAUCAUAUGAAAUGGCGAUGUCCAUCCUGCAACAUGGAGCUCUACCUUCCGCAUGACAUCCUCCCUGCAAUCUGUUAUUUAUCUUUGAAACCCAGCUUAAUUGCCACCAACUUCACUCAAGAUGCCGCCAGCAAUUGGAGGCCCUCAGGGAUACACUCCACCAGAAGGAGGAUGGGGAUGGGCUGUGGUCAUUGGAGCCUUCAUCUCCAUUGGCUUCUCCUAUGCAUUUCCCAAAUCAAUUACUGUGUUUUUCAAAGAGAUCGAAGUCAUCUUCAAUGCAUCGAGCAGCAAAGUCUCCUGGAUCUCCUCCAUCAUGCUGGCUGUUAUGUACGCAGGAGGUCCCAUCAGCAGCGUCCUGGUGAACAAGUAUGGCAGUCGGCCAGUAAUGAUUGCUGGGGGCUGUCUGUCCGGGUGUGGCUUGAUCGCAGCCUCUUUUUGUAACACUGUGGAAGAGCUUUACUUCUGUGUUGGGGUUGUGGGAGGUCUUGGGCUUGCAUUUAAUUUGAACCCAGCCUUGACCAUGAUUGGCAAGUACUUCUAUAAGAAACGUCCAUUGGCCAAUGGAUUAGCUAUGGCAGGUAGCCCUGUAUUCUUGUCUACACUGGCCCCCCUGAACCAGUUUUUCUACGGUAUAUUUGGCUGGAGGGGGAGUUUUUUAAUUCUUGGUGGCCUUUUGCUGAACUGCUGUGUAGCUGGAUCUCUGAUGCGACCUAUAGGCCCCAAGCCAGAUCAGCUGAAGAAAGAGGUCACAAAAGAAGUAUUGCAGGAAGCAGGGAAGCCAGCUAUGAAAGCGGAUGAAGGAGCUGGCGAUGCCAUUGUGGACCUUAUUGCUGGAAAGACGAAGAAGCAGAAGCUCACAGUUUACCAGACGAUUAACAAGUUCUUGGAUUUGUCCCUGUUUACACACAGAGGUUUCUUGCUGUAUCUGUCUGGCAAUGUGAUUAUGUUCUUUGGACUGUUCACUCCCUUAGUCUUCCUCAGCAAUUAUGCCAAGAGUAAACAUUUUGGUAAUGAGCGGGCUGCCUUUCUGCUUUCCAUUCUGGCCUUUGUAGACAUGGUGGCUAGGCCUUCCAUGGGACUGGUGGCAAACACCAAGUGGGUCAGACCGAGGGUCCAAUAUUUCUUUGCUGUCUCUGUGGUGUAUAAUGGAGUGUGCCACCUCCUGGCACCCUUUUCCACCACCUAUGCUGGGUUUUGCGUCUACGCUGGGUUCUUUGGAUUUGCCUUUGGCUGGCUCAGCUCUGUCUUGUUUGAAACAUUGAUGGAUUUGGUUGGCGCUCAGAGGUUCUCCAGUGCAGUCGGGCUGGUGACAAUUGUGGAAUGUUGUCCUGUGCUCCUAGGACCACCUCUCCUAGGUAAACUCAAUGACAUGUAUGGUGACUACAAAUACACAUACUGGUCAUGUGGAAUCAUCUUGAUCGUCUCUGGGAUCUACCUGUUUGUGGGAAUGGGCAUCAACUACCGGCUGCUGGAGAAAGAACAAAAGGCAGAGGACAAGCUGAGAAACGAAGGGAGAGAGGAGGAAACAAAUAUCGAUGAGGCCGAGAAACAAAAAGAGGCAAACAAUGAUGUGGCCAACAUGUCGCAGAAAAACACAGAAGAUGGCAUAAAAGAGGAGGAGAGUCGCAUGUGAGGAACUGAGUUUAAUCCUGGAGGGUUGGAGGAAGUGCUGUUCCUCUAAAACAGUGUCUGGGGAAAAUGCUGUGCUGGUAGUAAGCCGUCAUCAGAAGUGUAUAAACCAGGUGUUCAUUUUUAAACAAAGCUCUCUGUUUGUUUUUCCAUCUGCAUUCAACAGCGGUAACAGCUACAUGUACCAUACCCUCUUACUUGGGUGGGAAACUCUUUUAUAUUCUUGCUUUUUUUAACAGUAACGUGAAUGUACUAAUAGGUGCCUUAAAGUUUCCACCUCUAGACUACUCUGGAAGAGCCUUAAUGCGACUCUGUAAACCAUGUUUCAGUUAGUUUUGUGAUCUACUUAGGGUGUCUGUUUUUUAAAGCCAUAAAAAAGGAUACUGGAUAUUUUGAGGCUCAACUGGCUUCAAUGCUGAGUCUAAAAUGAAUACUGCUUCACAUACUUCUUAACUGCCAGACUCUUAGUGGAAGUUGGGAUAUUUUGGGGGUGGGUUAGUGGGAGGGGUGGUCUUAAAAUAAAACAAGACAAAAUCCAAAAUCCUUUGGAUGCCAAACACCACCUGGCUCUAUUUGUAAGCUUUUCUAGCACCUCUUGAAAACAUUUUUAUCUACUGUAGUUUUUUAAACAUCCCCCUUUAGUUAAAUUUUGAUGGAACACUUGGGUUCGAGUUGAUGACUGAAAUUAAUAACUAUCUUCGCUCCACUUCUUUUGGGGUGGAGCCUCAUUUUAUUGUGAUCAUCCCAUUUUCAUAAAUGAUACUUGCUGAUGCAGGAAGGUUUCAGGUUCAGAUCAUCCCACUUUUCCUAGGCAAAGAAAUUUCCAAACUCUCUUUGUGAUGCCUCUCUUUAAAGUAACACUAUGAAACCAAAUGGAACCUGCUUUAGUUAUAACUAAAAGAAUCAAUGCUGGGAUGUAUCGAGUCUGUGCAUCCGUCUUUCCAAUCCUAUCACUGAGAGUAGCUUUGGAAUUGGAAGUCUUCCGCUGCUGCUUCAUUUAGGAAAUCCACAUCUCUACCAGUGUGGGCCAGUACUACUGUGUCCCUUCCUCUUCCCCUAGCGCUGACCCUGAGCUUCCUAAGAGGUGGCGUUUCUGUCCUGAGUCUUCCUUCAGACUGUGCACCCCCUCAGUAAAAUCAAUCAUUCUACUCUUCACGGAGCUCUGUUCCAAACAAGACGUUGCAAAAGGCUUGCUGGCCUUCUAGGAUGGAUCCCACUCCUUCUGAAGUCAACAGCAGAACUUCCAAAUGCUUCAGUGGGAGUAGAGUUGGCUUUUAGCAAGGAGGUGUCAGUUCUGUUACAUAUUCUCAGAGCCUCUCCUGUGUUCAGAGCAUGGCUGACUCCCUUACCGGUAUGGAUCUGGUCUUGAGUAUGUGGCAUAUUGUCCUGUACUCUGAGGCCUAAUAUUUUGCACACUAAAUGGGGCCAGAUACAGUCAUAAUCUUAUACGCCCAUGAGAUAAAAUAGCUAAAGCUGCAUAACUGCCCCUUAAAAAAACUCUACUUGCUCCUGUUUAAGUGAGAAUUUAAAGCAAUUUCUAACUACUCAGAUCAAAGAUUCUUAAGGGGGAAGGGGAAGAUGUCUUCUGUUUGUACAUAUUUAUUUUUUUUAGCACUGGUAAAUACCACAGCUUGCGUGAAGAGGGUUAAGCAGAUGGCCCGUGACCCGUAGGCUCCUGGUGCUUGUGUUUUAGUGGAUGUUAAACAGAUAUCCUGUAAGACUGAGGUUUUGGGGUUUUUUCUAAUAAACUUUUGUAUAAUUCACCCACCAAAUGUUGAUAUUUUUUCUUAUUUCCUAGUCAAAUAUUUUAGUAUAAUGUUUCACAGCCACAUUCUAGAGAUGUACCAGUUGGUGUGUAUUUGGUAGGUUUUUAGGGGGAGAAGCAUGUGGGAUAUUUGAAGUUACAGAUUCUUCAGGUUGGCCUCUAAGAGGUGGUGAUGUAAUGCAGUUCACCUAAUCCAUGCGCACUGGAAGGCUGUGGUAAGAGAAUAAGCAACAAAAAUAGAACUUCCGCCUUCAAAGGGAAGGACUGAAGAAGUGUUUUUGUUCGUCGUGUGGUUGGUACAGUAAGUGAACUGCAUUUCUUGCUCAAAUCUCUUUAAAAUGACAAGUUAACUUUAAACUCUUACCAGUGUGAGACAAAACUUCUUAAUUUCACAGAGAAGCAUGUUGGGGAUCAUCUGAGCUGCAUUUCUUGUGAGAUUAAGUCAAAGUAGAACAAAAACAAAGACUUGUAGUUCUCUGUAUGUCUGGAGAAUACAACACAGCCUGAUGCAAACUUAGUUUAAAACUUAGACCCACAAAGCUCAUUGGAAAGUAAAAACACUAAAGGGAUUGUUCCAUUCCAGAUACUGACUGCUGUAGCUCCAGUGAGGGCUGAGCGUGUUCACACAUCUUAUACUUUUUUUUUUUAAGAGGUUUACUCAGCUGCAGAAAGGUUUUUGUAUGUGGGUAGAUUGUAGCCCCAGAUGGUCAGCGACUCUGCAUGCAGUGAUGCCACUGCCUUACUUGGUUUUAGAGGAGAUUUUUAGGGCUUGUCUACACUUACUAGGGGAUCGAUGAGCACGUGGUUGAUUUUAGCAGGUGUAGUGAAGAUCAUCUAAAUCAACUGCAGAUCGCUCUCCCAUCAACUCCUGUACUCCACUGGAUCGAGAAGAGUAGGGGGAGUUGAUGGGAGAGUGUCUCCCAUUGACAUAGCCUAGUCUGGACCCAGCGAUAAAUAGAUCUAAGCUAUGUUGACUUGAGUUACGCAAUUUGAAUGACAUGAAUAGCAUAGCUUAGAUCAACUUUUCCCUGUAGUGUAGACAAGGCCUUAGAAGCUGUUCAUGUUGUCUUGGCUUUUAAAAAUAUAUAAUUUGUUUUAAGAAAAAGCCUAAGUAUCUGAAUUUCUUAACAAAAACCCUGAAUGUUAAAUCAGCUGAAGGAUAGGGGGUUUUGAUGAAACAAAACCUCAUCUGGUUCCAUAAACUAUCCUGGGAAAUCUUCCAUAGUUCUAUUAAAGCUUCCUCUCUCCAUUGUCCUCCUAGGUAUUUUACCUGGUCAAUUUUCAUAUUCCAGAAACUUUUUAAACUAUAACUUUGCUGAAGAACUGAGUUUGCACAACAUAAGAUGCCAGACAAACAGUAGUGAGGGUAGUUCAUACAGAUCUAGGGCUAGAAGGUAUAAAGUUGAAACUAAUUUUUUUGAGACUUUUUACAUUUUGUACAACAUACAGCAGGUGGCCUUAGUUUUGUCACUUGGAGCCCCAGACAGUAUUACAUAAUGAACUGUGAUGUCCUCUGCCCUGUUUCCUUGGCUGCUGAUUUAGUGAGUUUGUUUGUUUGUUUUUGUUUUUUUUUAAUUGCAGUCUAUUCUAAACCUACAAAAGGAACAGGUCAGGGUGUUUUCAUACUCUAGAAUAACAUUUUAAAGCCAAUAGAGUAUUUUGUAUAAACAGAUUUUAUUGUACUGUAUUGAGCUGUGACCUUGUAAAACCAAGAUAUUGUGUAUGUUUAUAAAUUCCAUAUGUCUGUCAUAGUUCACACUGCAAUAAACUAACCUUAAAGAGCUGAA